GGUGGGGAGAGGGGCGCCCCGCUUCCUCGCCAAGUGCCAGCCCUUGGAAGUUGCCCCUCGGUUUUUAACCCUUUAGGGAGAAUGGGAAGGACAAGCAAAGGGAAGGGGAUACCCCGGGACAAACUCCUACUGGGGCCAGAACGUGCAGCCACCCACCCAUCACUGCGUUCCCCACCCCCCGGAAAUGCGGGGCAGAGCUGGGUGCCAGGAGGCACCGGGCGGGGGGAGGGGGCGAUGAACCUGAGAGGGACCCUCUCUACGGACCGCCCCUCCUUUCUUCAGGUCGCCCACAAUUUCAAGUUUCCCCCGCCCGGGAUGUUACGUUCAUCUGCUGUGGGUGGGGGAGGAGGGCCGCGCCCCCUCCCCCAGACUCGCGCGCGCCCCUCCCCUCCGCUCCUGCCAGCACUUUCUGCUCACUUCUGGCGUUGUAAAACGCCACGCGUUUUAUUCAAGUCGCAUUUUUAAACCAGCGAUUCAGGAGCAGGGCCUAGGGCGAGGGUCUUUCAGCGCUGGAGCCCUGGGAGGCGGGGUGCUCAGUGCAAACCUCGUUCCCUCCGCGAGUGUCGCCUUCAGGCUGUUAUUUGCAAAGAAACGUCUUUUUGACGCAGGGAGAAAUGGCAAAUUUUAAAUGGAAGAGAAGAGGCGAAAAUACUCCAUCAGCAGCGACAACUCGGACACCACUGACAGUCACACUACAUCUGCCUCACGAUGCUCCAAACUGCCCAGCAGCACCAAGCCAGGCUGGCCCCGGCAGAACGAAAAGAAGCCCUCAGAGGUUUUCCGGACAGACUUGAUCACAGCCAUGAAGAUCCCAGACUCGUACCAGCUCAGCCCGGAUGACUAUUAUAUCCUGGCGGACCCGUGGCGACAGGAAUGGGAGAAAGGUGUGCAGGUGCCUGCUGGAGCAGAGGCCAUUCCAGAGCCUGUGGUGAGGAUCCUCCCACCGCUGGAAGGCCCCCUCUCCCAGGUGUCCCCUAGCAGCUCCGAACGUGGCGAGGGCUCCCAGCCUGAAUGGCCAGGGGGCAGCCGCUAUGACCUGGACGAGAUUGACGCCUACUGGCUGGAGCUCAUCAACUCGGAGCUCAAGGAGAUGGAGAGGCCCGAGCUGGAUGAGCUGACGCUGGAGCGUGUGCUGGAGGAGCUGGAGACGCUCUGCCACCAGAACAUGGCGCGGGCCAUCGAGACCCAGGAGGGGCUGGGCAUCGAGUACGACGAGGAUGUCGUCUGCGACGUGUGCCGCUCUCCCGAGGGUGAAGAUGGCAACGAGAUGGUCUUCUGUGACAAAUGCAAUGUCUGUGUACACCAGGCAUGCUACGGGAUCCUCAAGGUACCCACAGGCAGCUGGCUAUGCCGGACGUGUGCCCUGGGUGUCCAGCCAAAGUGCCUGCUCUGCCCCAAGCGAGGAGGAGCCUUGAAACCUACCAGAAGUGGGACCAAGUGGGUGCACGUCAGCUGCGCCCUGUGGAUUCCUGAGGUCAGCAUCGGCUGCCCCGAGAAGAUGGAGCCCAUCACCAAGAUCUCGCACAUCCCGGCCAGUCGCUGGGCUCUGUCCUGCAGCCUUUGCAAGGAGUGCACGGGCACCUGCAUCCAGUGUUCCAUGCCUUCCUGCGUCACGGCGUUCCAUGUCACAUGCGCCUUUGACCAUGGCCUGGAAAUGCGGACUAUAUUAGCAGACAACGACGAGGUCAAGUUCAAGUCGUUCUGUCAGGAGCACAGUGAGGGGGGUCCGAGGGGUGAGCCUACCUCCGAGCCUGUGGAGCCCAGCCCAACUGGUGAGGACCUGGAGAAGGUGACCCUGCGCAAGCAGCGGCUGCAGCAGCUGGAGGAAGACUUCUACGAGCUGGUAGAGCCGGCCGAGGUGGCAGAGCGCCUGGACCUGGCCGAGGCGCUGGUCGACUUCAUCUACCAGUACUGGAAGCUAAAGAGGAAAGCCAAUGCCAACCAGCCGCUGCUGACCCCCAAGACCGACGAGGUGGACAACCUGGCCCAGCAGGAGCAGGACGUCCUCUACCGCCGCCUGAAGCUCUUCACACACCUGCGGCAGGACUUGGAGAGGGUUAGAAAUCUGUGCUACAUGGUGACAAGGCGCGAGAGAACGAAACAUGCCAUCUGCAAACUCCAGGAGCAGAUAUUCCACCUGCAGAUGAAACUUAUCGAACAGGAUCUCUGUCGAGAGCGGUCUGGGAGGAGAGCAAAGGGCGAGAAGAGCGAUUCAAAAAGGAAAGGUCGUGAGGGCCCAAAGGGCAGCCCUGAGAAGAAAGAGAAAAUGAAGGCGGGGCCUGACUCAGUCCUGGGGCAGUUGGGCCUGUCCACCUCAUUCCCCAUCGACGGCACCUUCUUCAACAGCUGGCUGGCGCAGUCAGUGCAGAUCACAGCAGAAAACAUGGCCAUGAGCGAAUGGUCACUGAACAACGGGCACCGCGAGGACCCUGCUCCGGGGCUGCUGUCGGAGGAGCUCCUGCAAGACGAGGAGACGCUGCUAAGCUUCAUGCGGGACCCCUCGCUGCGACCCGGUGACCCUGCCAGGAAGGCUCGUGGCCGCACCCGCCUGCCUACCAAGAAGAAACCAUCACAGGAUGGGCCAGGGUCACGGACGACUUCAGACAAACCCCCCAAGAAGCCCUGGGGCCAGGAUGCAGGCGGCGGCAAGGGGGUUCAAGGGCCACCUGCCAGGAAACCACCCCGGCGAACACCUUCUCACCUGCCGUCCAGCCCUGCAGCCGGGGACUGUCCCAUUCCAGCAGGCCCCAGAAGCCCCCCACCGCUGGCCCCUGACACCCCCGACGAGGCAGUCCCAAUGGCUGCCGACUCGAAUGUCCAAGUGCCUGGCCCUACGGCGAGCCCCAAGCCCUCAGGCCGGCUGCGGCCGCCCCGCGAGAGCAAGGGAGCCCGGAGAUCAUCGGGUGCCAGGCCUGAUGCUGGGACAGGACCGCCUUCUACUGUGGCCGAGAGGCCAAAGGUCAGCCUCCACUUUGACACUGAGACUGAUGGCUACUUCUCUGAUGGGGAGAUGAGCGACUCAGACGUGGAGACCAAGGACAGUGGGGUGCAGCGGGGUCCCAGGGAAGCAGGGGCUGAGGAGGUGGUCCGCAUGGGGGUUCUGGCCUCCUAAGUCACCCGUACCCCUGCCCCAGGCCCUGCCCUGGUCCCCCCAUGAGGCCUCAGCCCAGUCACAACUGCCAUUUCCAAUCUUUGCUGAGUGUCCCAGACCCUUGAGGCUGCCACUCUGUUGUGGUUUUAUUUUUAAUAUAGAGAGAGUUUUGAAUUCCA